GUAUGAACGCCAUCUCUCCUGAUCAGCCCGAUGAAUCUCAGUAUUAUGGACGAAGACCCUCAGAUACCAGCAGCUCCAGUUCAGAGAUCGCAGACGCAGCCAAUCGGGUGACAGCACCUGCUGCUGCAGCUACAAACAGUGUGGAGGAAGAUGACGAAGACGAGAGCUCUGACUCUGAAGAAGGAGGGAAGAAAAAGUCCAGCUCCCGCUCCGCCAAACCUCAAAGCCCCGCCCCCCCACCAAAACGCCCAGACCAUGUUAUCAUGAGCCCCGCCCAUGUCCCUCAGAGCCCCGCCCUACCCCCUCAACCAAUCAUUCCUCAGCCAAAAGCUCUGACGAGAAACCGAACGUCCAAGAGACGAUCCAGGACCAACCGUCGUCAGAUAUAAAACAUCAACACUCUCACAUGUAGGUAUAAAAACAUGUAUCACACAUAGAAACAAGGGACACACAGGCAGAUCCACACUUGUUCAAACAGGCAUGUUCAAACACACU